AUGAGAAGAACACGGAGAAACAGCCAUACUCCUCUUCAGGAUCUGUAUUACAGGAGAGUUCCUGGAGGAGACAGAGACACUCCUAUCCCAGCACAGCCAAGAGAUGCUAAAAUGAUUAGUUCCAUUGCAAGUCUGAUCAGGGCAAAGAGCAAACUAGUCCUCCUCGAGAACCCUGAUACCGUAGAAAUCUACAAGCAGAGUAACCUAAAGGCACUAAAAGAGGCUAAGAAAUCCAAUGUGACAGUGACAAUGACCUACCUGGGACAAGGUCAGCGACAGUCACACUCAAGGCCCACUCGGGACGAGCUUAAGGUGCUUCAGCAAGUCAACGGAGGAGAAAAUCUGUGUGUCUUUAAGGGCCUUGUUAUUGCAGGAGAACAGUUUCAGUUUGUGUCUCAGAGGCAUAGAGGUUUCCCCUUCAGUGCUACCUUGUAUGUCAACGGCAUCGCGGUGGCUCGGAUCAGCUCCUGCUGUGAGUACCGCUACGCUCCAGGAUUUCAGCAGGGCAGGAAAAGCUGCUUCAGACUUAGCUGGUUGGCUGGUGGGACACCCUGUUACAGAUGCACUAGUCUCCGAAAUAAAUACAGCUCCUGCCAACAGCUGAACAACGGAACAAAGGAAAACUUAAUUCUCCCUCUCGAGCAGAACACUGGCAAUGGCACCAUCGAGUCAUGUCCAUCAUCCGACCUUUUUAUCCCAGCCAAACCCGAGAAGAAAUCAAUAAGAAGAACUAGAAAGCACGUUAAGGAACACAAUGGAGGAUCCACUGACAGUGACGAUGCUGUUUUUGCAGGAAUAAAAGAAAGAUUCAGGAGGAAAAAACGUAAUGGUCAAACCGAUCAGAAAGAGAGUAAAGGAAAGACAGGUAGUAGCAACAGAGAGGAAGAUGGGCAAGGUGGCAAGAGCUUAGAGAGAUCACCAGGGGCUGGAAAAUCUGAAGAGCAGACAGGACACAAACCGAACCACUCAAAAACAAUGGGAAAUGCCACUAAGCUGCAGAAAGAACAGCUGCCGUCAAUCCGGACAAGUAGAACUGUUGAUUCAUUGCAGCAUGAAAAGGGGCUGACUCAGCACAACAAAGAGAAGCAGAGAGGCCUCGAAUCAGAUGGGAAAACCAGAGAUGGGGGAACACUGAAGGACUUCUAUAAAGAAUGUGUGGAAAUGAGUGCCGAGUUGAACCGGAGCCCAAACAAACACUGGUUCAAGGCAAACAUCCUAGAGAGGUGCCGGCUCCAAAAGAGGCUGUCAUCAUCAUGCCCCAAAGCUCAGAACUCCGAUGUGGAGCUGAGUGCAGAAAGUGACACAGUACCGCAGCCUGAUGGAGAGCUCGAGGAGGAGGACACAGCAGGCCAGGAUGCUGCCAAAGAAGAGCCUGUUCAAGAACAAGACCUGCAAGCACAGCUAAAUGCCAUGAUGACGGUGUUGAGCACAUCUGAUGAGGUUGAGCAGCUUGUUCUGAGGAACACGGAACUGACAGAUGACCUUUUGUACAGUCUCGCGGGGGUCCUGAAGACCAGCCAAUCUGAAGUCACGCUGUUCAAUCUCAAUCUCAACCUUAUUGGCCCUUACGGCGCUCACAUCCUUCUGGACAUCCUAAGAGCGAAGCCGCAGGUCCAAGGCUUGCACUUGUUUGGAAACAAACUGCGUGACCAUGGAGUGCUCACCCUCUUGAGAGGAGUAGCUGAGCUGCAGGAUCAAACAGCAGCAGCUGCUGCAAUCAUCCAGCAGGCACUGCUUUUCCCAUCAGAGCAAAAUACGAUGCUGUCAUUCCCCACCGGGUGGAGCUCUUUUAGGGUCUUUGCACUUUUGGAACUAGAUAUUGGUGGAAACGGCCUCGGCAGUGAUGGGGUCAAGGUUUUAGCAUCAUACAUGAGAUCCCACUCACAUCUUCAGUACCUGGGGCUUGCACAAACGAAUGGUGCGGAUCUGGCUGCGUGGAAGGAACUUUUCGACAGCUUGAAAGGCAACAGCUCUCUGACUCAAAUCAUUUUAGAUGAGAACAAUCUGGGGGACCCUGGAGUCAGGCUGCUGGCAGACAUGUUAAAAGAGAAUAGGAGUCUGCAGCAGGUGGACCUUGACAGGAACGGCAUCAGCGAUGUGGGAGGAAACGACAUCAUGGGGGCACUGCUUUGCAGGACACAGGUAUUACUGACACAUCUUAGCCUUGAUGAGAACCACAUUAGUGAAGGAUUAAUGAGCAGGAUACAGGAGCAGAUAAAAUGCAAGUAAAAGCUGUUUGAGCAACAGAGUAAACUUGGAAAACCGCAACAAGUUGUGCAAAUUAAACUGC